CCUUCAUUUCACUCUAGCCAACAGGACAGCAUCGAUACAUAUUGGUCGAGCGGAGUGGUUCUGCGGCAACGCAAGAUGCAAAGCCUAACUUCGUAUGACGACUCGGACCCCGAAUCACCACCUUCUACAAACCCACCCGUCUCGAGAUCGUCGACCACAAAGAUUGUAUCAAGAAAGCAAGAAGUUCAAGAUGAGGUUAACCAACGAGAUUCGAAUUUAGGCUUGAUCACGACAAAUCUUGGCUCUAGACGGAUAGCAAAUCCGACCGAGGGUGACCACGAACCGAACCCGCCCUCGAUCCCACCGCCUCAGACCGUCCAGACCAGCACAUCGAUCAAGAAACCACUAUCGAUCGGAAUUAAAAAGCUCAAUCGGUCCUCUUCCACCCCGACCACCCCUGCGGGCUCUCAAGCUAGAUCUUUUCAUGGUCGGACAGGAACGGGAUCGAAGUCGAGGUUUGACGCAGCCGAGCAGGGGGAAGGUUCGGUAGGGGUCGGUCUGGACUCGCAACCAGGCGAAUUGUCAAACCAGACUACAAACCUGGAGGACGGUCUGACGGAAGACGAAUUGUUCAGGAAGAUGACUGCCCCUCGCGGAUGGACUUCGCAAGGCUGGGCGAAAGCCGACCCUGGACCCGAUACAUUGAAGGGAGGCUCCACGACGUCCACUGCGACGGCGGACAAGGGGGCCGAACCGUGGAAUAUCCCGGAAUUGACGAGCGAGUUGCCGGAUCCGGUGUUACAGAACAAGGUAGACACUUAUCUGAAGCUCAAACUCGAACGGGACCAGCACAUCAAUACCACCUUGUUGUCCUCGACAGCGUUUGCGAACCCGCACAUCUACUCCAAGUUGGUUGAAUUCGUUAACAUCGAUGAACGCGGGACGGCCUUUCCUAACGGCGGCUGGUUGACCCGUAGAGGUCUCGAAGAUCGACGACCGGUCUGGGGUGCGAAACACUUGUCGGACCUGCAGAAGCGGGAGAGGGAGGCGGUUGAACGCGUUCAAAAGGAAGGCGGGAGGAAGGGGAUCGAUUUCGCACCCGCUUCGACAUCGAGCUCGAGAAAGGGGAAAGAGAAGGAGAGGGAGUCGGAUUACCCAUUUGUCCUCCCACUCGAUCCUGCUGGACGGUCGAGCUUGAGUGCGAGACGUGAACGAAGGGAUGACGACCGGGACAGAGAUAGGAAUAAGGAGCGGGAGAGGAAACGCAAGGGUGUGGGGGAGGAUGAAGGGCGGUAUGAACGGGAUAGGGAGAGGAAGCGGGAGAGGUGGAAGGACGGGAUGUAAUGUGUGUCGGUUUGAGAUAUAUGCCUACGGUAGCACGUCGCGCCGACACAAAUCGAACGUUCGCCUCUGUCCACCUUCUUGAGAGGACGUUUCGGUGAGGUUCAGCUGUGACUCUGAUGAACAUCAGCGUGAGAUUG